AGCUGGGUUGAUCUGUCUGAUUUGCAACCCACCCACGUGACAUCCAUUUACCGGUAUCACGUGACUUUCUUUAGCAGCUUGCCUGUGUGUGUCUGCUCUCUUGUAGUUAAAGAUGCUGCUGUGUCUGCUAAUGUCACCAGUUAGACAAAGACGAUAAAGAAAGCACACGACCAGAUAAGGCCGACGAGGGCCGCUCCUAUCUCCGCGCAUGUACGUCUGUGGAAGAGCAUGGAGGACAACACCGAAUCUAAAAACCUGAACGGCCAGUCUGAGGGUCCGGCAGCCCUUUCAAAACCCAAAGAGAGCAUGCAGCUCAAAAAGGAAAUCUCUCUCUUGAACGGCAUCAGCCUCAUCGUGGGGAACAUGAUUGGCUCAGGCAUAUUUGUGUCGCCAAAGGGCGUUCUCAUCUACAGUGCCUCCUACGGACUGUCUCUAGUUAUCUGGACCAUCGGUGGCAUCUUCUCAGUGGUAGGUGCUCUCUGUUAUGCCGAGUUAGGCACAACAAUCACCAAAUCUGGCGCUAGCUAUGCCUACAUCCUGGAGUCUUUUGGAGGCUUCAUAGCGUUCAUACGUCUGUGGACAUCGCUGCUCAUCAUCGAACCCACGAGUCAGGCUGUCAUCGCCAUCACCUUUGCCAACUACUUGGUUCAGCCGCUCUUCCCCAGCUGCGAGCCGCCAUAUUCUGCUUCUCGACUUAUUGCUGCAGCCUGUAUCUGCCUGCUGACCUUUAUUAAUUCUGCUCAUGUCAAGUGGGGUACCAGGGUGCAGGAUGUCUUUACUUACGCCAAAGUGCUGGCCCUCAUUGUCAUUAUUAUCACUGGGAUGGUGAAAAUAUGCCAAGGUUUCUCAAUGAACUUUAAGGAUUCUUUUCAAGGUUCGUCUCGUGAUCCAGGAGAUAUCGCUCUGGCAUUGUACUCGGCUCUAUUCUCAUACUCGGGCUGGGACACUCUUAACUUUGUCACAGAGGAGAUUAAGAACCCUGAAAGGAACCUUCCCCUCUCCAUUGCGAUCUCCAUGCCGAUCGUUACGAUCAUCUACAUCCUCACCAACGUGGCCUACUACGCUGUGCUUGACAUGGGUGCCAUCCUUGCCAGUGAUGCUGUUGCUGUGACGUUUGCAAACCACACCCUGGGAGUGAUGAGUUGGACCAUCCCCCUUGCAGUUGCUUUAUCCUGUUACGGCGGUCUUAAUGCUUCCAUCAUUGCUGCAUCUAGGUUGUUCUUCGUGGGAGCUCGAGAAGGUCAUCUUCCUGAUGCUUUGUCCAUGAUUCAUAUGCAGAGAUUCACACCAGUUCCUGCACUGCUAUUUAACUGUGCCAUGGCUCUGAUCUACCUUGCAGUGGAGGAUGUUUUCCAGCUGAUUAACUAUUACAGCUUCAGUUACUGGUUUUUCGUUGGCCUGUCUAUCGCCGGGCAGAUCUACCUUCGCUGGAAGGAGCCAGACAGGCCCCGACCACUAAAGUUGAGUCUGCUGUAUCCCAUCAUCUUCUGCAUGUGUGUUGUGUUCCUAGUGGCUGUGCCACUUUAUUCUGACACACUCAACUCACUCAUUGGAAUUGCUAUUGGCCUCUCUGGAGUUCCUGUUUACUUCUUGGGUAUCUAUCUUCCUGAGUCUAAGCGCCCACCCAUCAUCACUAAAUUACUAAAUGCCAUCACCCGUUUCACCCAGUUCACAUGCUUUUGUGUGCUCACCGAGAUGGACACUGUUGAUUAGAACACUCUGACUCACAAACUUCAGGAAGAGGAAACCAAUAUCUGGAGAUAAGGGAAAAAGAUCUUCCACACUUUAAGACACAGUUGCACUCCUGAUGUCACCGCAUUUGGAUUUUAAUUUUUAAGGUGUCGGUUAAGGUCACGGUGCACUGCAGUAUUAGGAAUAUGACCUUAUGAACCAUAUGGCAUGAACACGAAGGCCAUGUUAAAGGUUCAUAAUGGUACCAGCACACACAUGAUGCAAACACUAUCUGUAUUCUUGAAAUUAGAUUAUUUAACAUUUUCCACCCUGUUUAUCUAACAUGCUAUUAUUUUAGAAUCUUGUCUUUACAAUUUGUCAAUUAAUUUAUACUUUUUAAAGAAAAUUUGAUUUUAUUUUUUUCUUUGUGAUUUACUUUAGCACAAAUGUAAGUUCUAUUAUAGAACCUUUUUUGUUUUCGGAGUUGGCCAGAGGUCAGUCCUGUAUAAUUGCCCACAUUCCUUAACUGUUUUUUAGGGGGACGGUGAUAGUACACAGUUGAACGUUCAUCAUGUAAUGAAGCAUCACAUUCACUUGUAGAAGAGGCUAGGUAAGAAUAAAGUUGAAGAGUACAUCAGAUGUGCUGGAAACAUUUGUCGACUCAAUCUAGGAAUGUUUUUUAAAAACAUCUGUUGCAAGUUUGGAUAUUUAUUAUCUGUAUUUUUCAAAUUCUGUUAACUUCGAAUGGUAUCUAAAUUCUUUAAAUGAAUUCAUUUUUCUUUAUUUACAAUACUAAGUAUGAUGGAUUUCUGUAAAAUCAGCUUUAAAUGU